GCUUACGUGCAUAAGAGCGUGAUGGAGGAGCUGAAGCGAAUAAUCGACGACAGUGAAAUCACAAAAGAAGAUGAUGCUCUGUGGCCUCCUCCCGACAGAGUUGGUCGACAGGAGCUUGAAAUAGUAAUCGGUGAUGAGCACAUUUCCUUUACCACGUCAAAAAUCGGUUCACUCAUUGAUGUAAAUCAAUCCAAGGAUCCAGAAGGCUUGAGAGUGUUCUACUACCUCGUCCAGGACCUUAAGUGUCUAGUCUUCAGUCUUAUUGGACUACACUUCAAGAUUAAGCCAAUUUAA